GAAUGGCGGCCAUAUUGAAAGUUUAGUUCGUCACUGGCUACACGCAGACAGUGACCCGGAUAUGUGAGUGAAUACUAUCAGAGCCCGUCUCUGAUAUUAUUAACAUCUAGUUUGACUACUAGAUCGACGGUCAUUAUUAUAGGUUUACUUGAAGAUGUAAUCGCUGAUUCACGUUACCUCCAACUGUGUACUUUCUCUUAACGGGGCAAAUGUUGCCAACCCCUUUUCUAACAUAGGGUCUAUGUUACGUUAGCCAACUGCAGCGUCCCAACCAGUCUCAGCCUCACAAUGUACCUUUUAUACACAGUUAUUGCUGGUUUGGUUUCCUAUUUGAUUUUAAAAUGGAUGAAAAUGAGGAGGUACUGCACAGAUGUAAAACGACUGGAUGGUAAAACAGUCCUUAUCACUGGAGGAAACUCUGGAAUUGGCAAAGAGACAGCAGUGGCCUUGGCGAUGAGGGGAGCCCGAGUUAUCAUCGGCUGCAGAGAUGUCGACAAAGCCCGAAAGGCUGUGAAGGAUAUCAAGGCGAGAAGCCAUAAUGUCAACGUUUUAUACAUGGAGCUGGAUCUUGCCAAUAUGAGGUCCAUCCGGGAAUUCUGCACGUCGUUCCUGCAAAAGGAGAAGCGGCUGGACAUACUCAUCAACAAUGCGGGUAUGCCCAGUGUCCUAGACUGGACAGACGAUAACUUCAGCAUGUGUUUCGGUGUGAACCACCUGGGUCACUUCCUUCUCACUAACCUGCUGUUGGGCCGCCUGAAAGAGACCGCCCCGAGCAGGGUUAUCACCCUCACCUGCGAAAACUACAAGUACCAGAAGCUGGACUUCCAGGACCUGAACUACAACCUGCUCCCCUUCUUCACCUACUGCCGCAGCAAGCUGGCCAACGUCUACUUCACCCAGGAGCUGGCCAGGAUGACGGAGGGCAAGGGGGUCUCUGCGUACGCUGUGCAUCCAGGCUACGUGCAGAGCGGCUGGACCUGCCACUACUCCAUCCUGUUCCGGAUUCUGAUGAAGGUGAUCAUGUUCAUGUUUUUCAUACCAUGUGAGAUGGGCGCACAGACUGUCAUCUACUGCGCUGUGUCGGAUACCGUCGCCGGCAGCAGCGGCGGCUACUUCACCGACUGUCGGCCUGCCCGUCUGCGGCCCUUUGCCAAAGACUCUGGAGUGGCUAAGAAGCUAUGGGAGGCCAGCGAAAGACUGGUUAAGCUAGCCUGAUGGAACCCCAACUAAUUUAUGUUUGUUUGUAUUUUCUAUGAAGUAUUAUUUAUUACAUAACUGAUGUGUUCUUUAUUAUAUAAUGACAAUAUUUUUCCCCUUAUUUAUUUUUAGUUUGUUUUUAUACAUUGAAGUAUCAUUGUGAGGGUGAAAUAUGCAAGUUGCUUCUGAUUAAAAACACUGGAAUGUU